UGUCAGCUCGGGGAAGGGAUGGACUUGGAGCAGCUGGACUUGAACCCCAGAAUCCUCGCUGCGGCUAGGAGAGCCCGGCUGAGCUCCGUCAAGGACGUCCUGCGCUUCUCGGCGCCCGACCUGCAGCGCCUGACCGGCCUCUCCGGCCCCGACGUCCAGCGUCUGCUCAGGACAGCGUCCUCGUGCCUGCAGGGACGCGGCGUCCUCACAGCGCUGCACCUGCUGCAGCAGAAGGAGCGCUUCCCGGCGCAGCACCAGCGCCUGAGCCUGGGCUGCCCCACGCUGGACCGGCUCCUGGGCGGCGGCCUGCCCCUGGAGGGCAUCACGGAGCUGGCUGGCCGCAGCUCGGCGGGGAAGACCCAGCUGGCGCUGCAGCUCUGCCUGGCGGUGCAGCUGCCGCGGCGGUACGGAGGCCUGGCGGCCGGCGCCGUCUACGUCUGCACGGAAGACGCCUUCCCGCACCGGCGCCUGCAGCAGCUCAUGGACCAGCAGUGGCGGCUGCGCAGCGACGUCCCGGAGGCCGUGCUCAGGGGCAUCCGGUUCGGAGACCAGGUCUUCGUGGAGCACGCGGCCGACGUGGACACCCUGCUGGACUGCGUGCGGAGGAAGGUGCCCAUGCUGCUGGCGCGGGGGAUGGCGCGCCUGCUGGUCAUCGACUCAGUGGCGGCCCCGUUCCGCUGCGAGUACGCCGGCCCGGCCGCAGCACCCCGCGCCCGGUGUCUGCAGCGGCUGGGGCGGGAGCUGCGCCGGCUAAGCUGGGCCUUCCAGAGCCCCGUGCUCUGCAUCAACCAGGUGACAGAGACCGUGGAGGAGCAGGCCCCAGGCUGCAGGCCGCAGGGCCCCGGGGACGGGCGCGUGGCUCCAGCCCUGGGGGUCGCCUGGUCCAACCAGCUGCUGGUCAGGUUGAUGGUGGAUCGGCGCCGCCCCGAGGAGGGGCCCGGCCGCAGCCCACCUGGCCGCACCCUGCACGUGGUCUCCGCGCCUCACCUGCCCCCCACGUCCUGCUCCUACACAGUCAGCGCCGAGGGGGUACGGGGGGUGCCGGGGACCGAGUCCCACUGACACUGGCGUCCCCACCCCCCGAGGGGUGUCGCCCAGGCCGGCAGACACUGCGUCCCCGAGAACUCAGCGUGGCCCGCGGUGGAGCGGACGCCCCUACCUGACGGGAGGUGGGGGUGGGAC